GUGAGAAAGCUGAGUGGGGAGAAGACGUUCCCAGAUUAGUCAGUGGCUUCAUGGAGUUAUGUGUCUCUGAUCCGCCGCCAUGGAUUGCAAUCCGCGAUCACUCCUUUUCGUUUUACUUCUUUUGUUGUCCUGCGUUAUCCCCGCGUUUCCCGUCUUCUAUCCCCCCAAUGAAGUCAACCUGUUAGACUCAAAAGCAAGCCAAGGGGAGUUAGGAUGGAUUUCCUACCCAUCACAUGGGUGGAGGGAAAAUUGGGAGGAGAUCAGUGGGGUGGAUGAGCACUACACUCCCAUCAGGACCUUUCAGGUCUGCAAUGUGAUGGACUACAGCCAGAACAACUGGCUUCGGACCAACUGGAUCCCUCGCCAAUCUGCUCAGAAGAUCUAUGUGGAGCUGAAGUUCACUCUGAGGGAUUGCAACUCAAUCCCGUUGGUACUGGGCACCUGCAAGGAGACAUUCAACCUCCUCUACCUAGAGGCAGAUGAUGACCAGGGCAGCCACUUCCAAGAGCAUCAGUUCUCCAAGAUUGAUACCAUUGCUGCUGAUGAGAGUUUUACUCAAACUGACCUUGGAGAUCGCAUUCUCAAGCUCAAUACUGAGGUACGCGAGGUGGGUCCCAUGACCAAGAAGGGUUUCUACCUCGCAUUCCAGGACGUGGGCGCCUGUGUAGCUUUAGUGUCAGUAAGGGUUUACUUCAAGAAGUGCCCACACACUGUGAGGAAUCUUGCCUCUUUCCCUGAUACUGUGCCCAUGGACUCCCAGUCACUGGUGGAAGUCAAAGGCUCAUGCGUCAAUCACUCCAAAGAGGAAGAGCCUCCUCGAAUGUACUGUAGCACAGAAGGGGAGUGGCUUGUGCCUAUUGGGAAGUGUCUGUGUAACCCAGGAUAUGAGGAGAGAAGCAGCACCUGCCAAACGUGCAGGGCAGGCUUCUACAAAUCUACUCUCGGGAAUAUGGAGUGCUCAAAGUGUCCACCUCAUAGUUUCUCUCACCAUGAGGGGUCUCUUCACUGUGGCUGUGAGAAAAACUACUUCCGUGCUGAGGGAGACCCUGCUUCUAUGGCCUGUACUCGACCUCCUUCAGCUCCCCGGAACGUAAUCUCUUCCAUCAAUGAGACUUCUGUUAUCCUGGAAUGGAGCUGGCCUGAGGACACCGGAGGGCGCAGGGAUAUCACCUUCACUGUCCUUUGCAAACGUUGCCGUGCUGUUGCUGCUAAUGGCAGCAGCAGUGGGACCCAGCGCUGUGAACCUUGCCGGAGCAAUGUUCGCUUCCUGCCAAGAGCCAUGGGACUGCACAACACCACAGUGACGGUUGGCGACUUGUUAGCCCACACUAACUACACAUUUGAGAUUGAAGCACAGAACGGUGUGUCAUCGCUGGCACCAAAGAUGAGACAGUACGCUGCCGUCACCAUCACCACCAACCAAGCGGCUCCCUCUCCAGUAGCAGUGAUCAAAAAGGAGAAGACAACUCGAAGCAGUGUCUCCCUGUCCUGGCAGGAGCCAGAAAGACCCAACGGUAUCAUCCUUGACUAUGAGAUCAAAUACUACGAAAAGGAGGAGCAGGAGACCAGCUACACAAUCCUCCGUGCUCGAGGUUGUAAUGUGACCCUGAAUGGUUUGAAGCCCAACACUGCCUACUUGCUUCAAAUCAGAGCCCGUACCGCAGCAGGAUAUGGAGCCAGCAGCCCCACUUUCCAGUUCGAGACCAGCCCUGACUCAGCCUUCUCUAUCUCAAGUGAAAGCAGCCAGGUUGUUUUGAUUGCCAUUUCUUCUGCCGUAGCCAUCAUCCUGCUCACUGUGCUUCUCUACGUCCUGAUUAGCAGGUUUUGUUGCCGGAGCAAAUCCAAACAUCCUGAUGAAAAAAGACUGCAUUUUGGCAAUGGACACUUGCGUCUGCCAGGGAUCAGAACCUAUGUGGACCCCCACACAUAUGAGGACCCGAGCCAGGCUGUGCACGAAUUUGCCAAGGAACUGGAUGCCUCCUGCAUUGCCAUAGAUAAAGUGGUGGGAGCAGGUGAAUUUGGAGAAGUCUGCAGUGGUCGCCUGAAGUUGCCCAGCAAAAAGGAGAUCUGCGUGGCCAUCAAAACUCUCAAAGGUGGAUAUACAGACAAACAGAGGCGGGACUUCCUUUCUGAGGCAUCAAUCAUGGGACAGUUUGACCACCCUAACAUCAUCAGGCUGGAGGGGGUGGUAACACGCAGUAAACCUGUCAUGAUCGUCACCGAGUACAUGGAAAAUGGAUCUCUUGACAGCUUCUUAAGAAAACAUGAUGCCCAGUUCACAGGAAUCCAGUUGGUUGGCAUGCUGCGCGGUAUUGCUUCAGGCAUGAAGUAUCUGUCAGACAUGGGUUACGUUCAUAGAGACUUGGCCGCUCGAAACAUUUUGGUCAACAGCAAUCUGGUGUGUAAAGUGUCAGACUUUGGCUUGUCCCGGGUGCUGGAGGAUGACCCGGAGGCUGCUUACACAACUAGGGGAGGUAAAAUCCCUAUUCGGUGGACUGCUCCAGAGGCUAUCGCCUACAGGAAGUUUACAUCUGCCAGUGAUGCUUGGAGUUAUGGCAUUGUGCUAUGGGAGGUGAUGUCAUAUGGGGAACGACCAUACUGGGAGAUGUCCAAUCAGGAUGUAAUAAAGGCUGUAGAUGAAGGUUACCGACUGCCCCCACCCAUGGACUGCCCUGCCACUCUCUACCAGCUCAUGUUGGACUGCUGGCAAAAAGAGAGGAACAAUCGGCCCAAGUUUGAGCAGAUAGUUAGCAUCCUGGAUAAACUCAUCCGCAACCCCAGUAGCCUCAAAAUCACAGCGAACACCACAUCCAGGCCAGCCAACUUGUUGUUGGACAGAAGCAGUUCAGAGGUUCCCUCAGUGGGAACAAUGGGCGACUGGAUGGAUGGAAUGAGGACCUUGCCCUGCAAGGAGGCCUUCUCUGGGGUCAGCUACAGCUCCUGUGACACACUGGCCAAAACCUCCACAGAGGAUCUAAAAAAGGUUGGAGUGACUAUUGUAGGACCGCAGAAGAAGAUAGUGAGCAGCUUGAAAGCCCUAGAUUCUCACAACAAGAAUGGCCCAGUACCUGUUUAAAAAAAAUGGACCCGACAAAUGAAAACCACCAGAGACCUAUCUGUUGGUCUGUGUUGACAGACUGUGUUUGCUAAUUGCACUCUAACACAGUGGCUGCAUAUUCAGACUGAAAAUGGCGGAAAAAUAUGGCAUGAUUCAAAUGAUGUCUUUCAUUGUUUCAUUUGAAAGAUGUCCCGGCAGAGAAGUGGAGAAGAGCUCAGUUCAGUUCUACCUGCUAGGUAACUGGCUGACUCAACCCUCUGCCCCUCUGUGCCCAAGUUGAGUUGCCUUACAGACUAAGAGGGGGGUAGAGAGCAGAGAAAAGAGAAGAAGGUCAGAGAGACCUGAUCAGGAAGACAAAGGAGAACUGUACUGGGAUGCAGGGCAAGGACUGCAUUAACAUAUAGCCGGACGUCUCCAUGAUUAUGGCUUACCCACAGCACGCCCGAGAAUCAGCCUGUAGUCCAAGGCAGUGAAACAACUGAAACACCUUGCCAAGAAGGGUACGACGGACAGCAGCAGCUGACCCACUUGUAGAGCCCUCCUGGAGUGAGGAAGUCUGAAGCGUGAGAUUUUGUUGCAACUACCUUCAUUUACCGUCUCUAUCCAUGCGAGAUCUCAGCUGGAAUGGACACACCGAGAUGCUAACCGAGCCAUUUUACUCUGUAGCUCUGAUCUAUAGCAUUUGCAUUCAGUAGACAUGUCACUUAAAAGCAAUAAUGAUAUAAUCAGUGGAAUAAUUUCAUUGUAUGGAAGCCAUGAGUCUAUCACAUGUAAAAUGUAUUGAAUGCUGUGCUUUAAAAAUAACAGGGGCCAUAAAUCACUUCACCCACAGAUUUUUCUUUAUGGUGACAUCUGUGUUCUGUGUGCUUAUGAACAGAUAUUGUACAGUUUUAGUGCAGUUCUCUCUGUAACCCCUUUGUGUGAAAUCUCAGGAUGUAUACUUCCUUAUGUUUUCUCAAGCAAGGACAAACUGAUGGGGAAAAUGGAGCAAACUAGAACUGAGAAUUCAGGUUAAGAUACAUGUGCAAGAAAAGGGAAAACAGAGAGAUGAUGAUGAGAGACAACAAGUAAAAUCAAUGUCAGCCCUCUGCUACUGCUGCUGAUGUAUUGCAGAAGUGUAAUAUACUCAGAGCUCACGUUUCUUCUUUAGGGAAGACAAGUUAGCAUCAUCAAACUCUCACAACUCUCGUUUUCUUUCUAAAGAGUGUAAUUUUUGCCUGUGUAAGAUCGGUUUAGUAGGUUGAGAUUAACACUGCCUAUCUGAGGUUAUAGUCCAGUAACUUAGGUUUGAAUUCAUAAUUUAUUAAUAAAAGCCAUUUAGGAGUUGUCAUUUUGUUUGAUUGGAAAAAUUUGUGUAAAAAAUAGUUUGUUAUAUUGUAAAAUUAACUUUAACCGAUUAUUUUUGGUGUGUUUAAUGCAAAAAAAAAAGUUGAGUGCCUCCUGUAGUUGGACUUGGUUUUGGUUUGACGUCAAGAAAGUCUUGGCCUUCUUUCUCUGUUCUCUUUGGGAUAUAGAGUUGGUUAUUACCUAAACUAACUAGAUUUUGCCCUGGAAGAGAUGCAGCAUAUCUAAUAGAUGAUUGCUUUCUGAGAUAGUAUCCAAGUGCGUCAUAUCUCCAGUAUGGGCUUUCCUAAAAGCACCUUAGAAGACCUUUGUACAGUGAAGUACUUUACGAUGCUAGUCUCCUGCUUUGAUGUCACCCAGUCAAUCCCUCAGUGCAACAUGUACCCAGAUUUUUUGAACUGGCACUUUGGUACUUUGUGCUUUUGGUUGGGUAAUAUGUAACAAGAAGGAUGCAAUAUUUAAGUUUCUUCAAGCACUUAGUACGCAGUAUUGCAGCACUUUGAAAUUAAAUGUUAUUGCCUUGGCGCUAGAUUAAACUUGUCUAACAGACGGGGUGAUUUUGGUGCUUUUGGGAAACCCAGCCUUGGUCAGUCUGUCAGUCCUGUCUUCUUUUCUUUGGUCUACCUGUGGAUGCUACUGUUGCUGCUAUGUGUUUUAAUUAGCAUGUACAUAAUGUAAACCAUUGUUAUUAUGGCAACUAGCACUACAGAUCCCACUAUAUGUACAUGUCCAUCCCUUUUUUUGUACAAAUGUUUGUAUGUAUAAAAGCCUGAAUAAAAAUUGUGCAACAUUUUUAAUUAAAAAAAAAGAGA